AUGAACAAUUUCACCUUCGUUUGUUCUGUACUUUCUGUGAUUGCAUUUACACCUGGCACAACUGUUUGUAAAACAACUACCACAACCGAGGCAACAAGCGAAAUGUCGGUUCUUGCGAUAAAUUCAGCAAAUCCAACGACAACAAGAUCAACAAAGAUGUUAACAACCCCAACCUUAAUUUACACCAACACAAUAUUCAGACCAAGGAUUCAUACAACUAGACCAGCACAAACAGUUACAAGCAGACAGGGAAAACCGCUCUAUAUAGAUGACACAACUAGGAGGUGGAACACAGCAUCAAUUACGACACGCUCGAUGUCUGAACGAAACGCUACAGUUCCGGCAGUAGAUAAUCAAUCAGCUACAUUUAAUCUUCGAGAGAUAACAUACUUGAUCACGGGUAUUAGUAUGAUAGAAGUUGCUUUGACAGCCAUCGCGAUAUAUAUUGCAAAACAACGUCGAAUGAAAUUCAGGAAUCUAGGACACAAAGAAAUCCAGAGAAAAACAACUAAUCCCUACCAUAGCCUAUCAAAGGACAGUGGAAAUGGAAAAUAUGAAGUCAUUGAACUGAAAGAUUUAUCCUAUGAUCAAAGUCAAGAGCAAACUGAACACAAUGAAUGUUCAUACAUUGAAAUUAUUGAACAUGAGUAUGACUACUCAUAUGGAGACAAACCACCAGUCAUCGCCAAAAUUAUGUAA